UGCAGUUUGAGAGUCCUGAGCGCUCCCCCAGUCUGUCCCGACAGCCAGCACGCCCCCCCCGGCCCUCCCCGGGCACGAGGCCGAUCUGCCCCCCCAGCCCAGGGCACGUGGACACCUCGCUGCCCCUGGAGAAGCAAGUGUGGUACCACGGCCCCAUUGGGCGCGCGGGCGCCGAGACACUGCUGGCACUGUGCCGCGAGGGCAGCUUCCUGGUGAGGGACUGCGAGACCAGCCCCGAGGAUUACUCACUGUCACUCAGGAGCAGCCACGGCUUCGUGCACGUGAAGCUGACGCGGACGCGGGAGCAGCACUUUGUGUUGGGCCGCGCUGGGGCCGCGUUCCCCUCCGUGCCCGAGGCCGUGCGGCAUUACACGGCGCGAGCGCUGCCCGUCCGCGGCGCCCGGCACCUCUCGCUGCUCUACCCUGUGGCUGCACAGCCACCCUGA